AUGAUCUCGAACUAUUCCAGACCAGAUCGAAAAACUCCAGAAGCGCCAUCAAGAGCGAAGAACUUGAGAAGCAUCACAACUUAUUGCACAGAUGAAGUUUGAUUUUUUUGAUAAAUUUGAGAAAAAAAAAAGAUUUUUGUGACUUUUUCUAUUAUUUUUAUUAUUCUUUAAUCGAUAAUUUUGCUGAUAUUUCACUGAUGAGUUUUGAUUUUUUGGGGUUUUCUACAUUAAGUUACGGUUUUUUUUUGUAAUUUUCAAGCAUAGAAGUCUUGUAAAAAAUUCGAAAAGGUGCUACAAAGCGUUUUUUUCUCAGCAAGAAACUUCGAUCAGGAAAUUUUGAAAAUCGAAAAAAUUUAUGCUUUUUUUCAAAUUUUCGGAAGAUUUUAGCUCAAAAACUAGUUGAAAACUUUUUUUGAGCUUUAAAAAAAUAUCAUCGCUGUUUUUUUCUCUUACUCCAACUUUUUUUGAAAUUUUUUUCGUACACGCUAAAAGUCGAAAAGAAGGCUCUAUUCUAUCAAAUAAAACGAAAAAUCUUUUAAAAAAAUAAUAUCAGAAAAAAACCGAUUUAUUUGAUAGUGAAUAACUAGAAACGUGUUCGAAAAAGAGCCAUGGAUUUAUUUUUUUAAAUUGUUUUCAGGCCAGAUCAAAAACCCCAGAACCGCCACCAAGUACCAGAAAACGCAGAAGCGUCACAACGAUUCCAACAGAAAAAGUUGCUUUUUCCCUUUAUUACAAUUAAAAAAAUUAUUUCCAGAAGAAAAAUCCCGAAAAUUCAAUGAGAAGUAGAACGACCUCGACACUGAGAUCAGCCUCAGUUUCUUCGCAGGCGGAAAAUUCGCGAAAUGUUCGGAAUUUGACUUGAAAAAAUCAAAUUAAGCUAGUUUUUCAGCUUGAUGCGAUAAUGCAGGCUUCUACUGAGCCUCCACUGGUUAUCGAUGGUGAAAAUUCUCUUUUUUCUAAAAAAGUUUCUGUUUUAGAAGAACCACAAACUUCGAUUUAUGACCAAGAAGUUGAUGACUUGGCGGAAAUCAGAGAUAUUCCGGACACUCGUUGGUUUUCCAGUUUUUUUCUGAUUCCAAAAUGGAUUUUAUCACUUUUAAGAGCUUCUUGUUGGUUUUUUGAAGAUGUAGGAUAUCUAUGAUGCGAUUUUUAACUAUUCAAAAUGGCCUAAAAAAAUCAAGAAAAUGAUUCUAGAGAAAAAAACGAAAUUCCGAAGAAGUUCUACCUGGUUCAUUAGCCGAAAAAAAUCAGAGAUAAAAUUCAAAAAAAUUUAUAAAUCUUUAAGAUAAAAGAAAAUUUUUAGGACCUACUGGGACUAUAAUCGAGGGCAUUGAAGUUUAUGAAUCAAAUGGAAGAAUGGGUGGGUUUUGGUUAUUUAGAUUUUUUGUAAGUUUAUUUGGGAAAAUAAUUGAUAUCAUUCGUUAUUUAUGUUCAAAAAGUAUAUAUGUUCAAUAUUAAAUUUAUUUUUAAAGAAAGCAACUUUUUAGAAAAUGUUAUAUUUAUUCUUAGUUUUCAAAUCUAUGAAGUUUCAUACUGAACGAAAAACACGUUCUUCACAAUUUUUUUCCGAAUUUUCAGUUGUCCGGACAACGAAACCCGGUAGAAAAAGAAAGACCGUUCAAGACGGUAGAACAUUUCCAACGACUUAUUGA